UACAGAAAUAGAUGCGCUUUAUAUAUCACAUAGGUAGACCGCAUAUGUUUCUUAGGGACUGCGCUGCAUUGGGUAUCAGAUUAAGUCUAAAACUUCUAUGAAAGCCGUUAAUCUACCCGCCGGCGUUGACAAGGAUAGUCGGUUAAUGCACAGCUCGUCGGUCCGUUUCCUGGGAGAAUCGCUAACAGUGGGAUGAGCCUGCUGCUAUCGCUGAGACAUAACGACAAUCCAAAUAAGUCCCGAACCCUUAGUGGACUGCAAAGAGAUUGUCCUGACACCCGGCUCUAAAAUGAUUCGUUCACGCCUGGCUGGAUUUAAGGCCUGUUAAUGGUUAUAAGUAGUUGCUUUUGCUUUUUGUGGAUUCCGCUAUAACGCUUCGUGCUCCCAAGCUAAACACCAGGUAAGCGGUGAGCUAGCGCGCUACUGCUCGCCGGUUCUCCGUUAAUCAGCGCUGUUGGCGAUCCCGAACAGUACUUUCAGCUGGCCUACAGACUAUCGUACUGUAGAUGAGGUAAUACUGUUCAGGGCUGAGUCGGUCCGCCUGCCUGCUCGUUACCAAACCGAACUGCUUUAGUUAACUCUAGCUAUAAAUACACACCUUUGUUUCCCUCCCAUCCAAAUGCGGCUCAGCUACUGACAGGGUGUCUUCCUCACUCGCCUCUUGGCAGCUGUACCUCCUGCGUUUUUCCUGCUCGGGAUUUACUGAACUCUGUCGGCACGCUGUCGAACUCUGAGACAAGCUGCGGGUCAAUCCGUUUAGGCCAACGUGAAAGAUCAACACGUCCCGGUUAAGCCUGUAGGAUAUCGCUAAACAGUCCCAAAUUUAAUGGAAAGUCAUCGUUGCUUUUCAAGAAAAAGGUACAGAGUCGAACCUCCAAGGCCGGUAACACAGACACGUUAAUUAGACUAAACCGAGUGAGAAGAUUCAGCAUGAACACCAUGUCGGAAGACAACAAUGCAGACAAGUUUAUUAAGGAAAGCUCCAUCCUGGAAGAGUACAGUAUAAACUGGACACAGAAGCUCGGUGCUGGAAUCAGUGGACCUGUAAGGGUUUGUGUGAAAAAGUCAACACAGGAACGGUUAGCCCUGAAGAUCCUGAUUGACAGACCUAAAGCACGAAAUGAGGUAAGACUUCAUAUGAUGUGUGCCUCACACCCUAACAUUGUACGAAUCUUGGAGGUUUAUGCCAACAGUGUGCAGUUUCCCCAUGAAUCCAGUCCACGAGCAAGAUUAUUAAUUGUUAUGGAGAUGAUGGAAGGAGGAGAGCUGUUCCACAGAAUCAGCCAGCACAGGCACUUUACAGAGAAGAUGGCCAGCCAAGUCACUAAACAGAUUGCCCAGGCUUUGGAACAUUGUCACUCACUUAACAUUGCACAUCGAGACCUAAAGCCAGAAAACCUGCUGUUUAAGGAUAAUUCUUUGGAUGCUCCUGUAAAGUUGUGCGAUUUUGGUUUUGCCAAAAUUGAUCAAGGUGAUCUGAUGACCCCACAAUUCACUCCUUACUAUGUAGCACCUCAGGUAUUGGAGGCACAAAGACGUCAUCAGAAAGAAAAGUCUGGAAUAAUACCUACCUCACCCACCCCGUACACAUAUAACAAGAGCUGUGACUUGUGGUCCUUGGGCGUUAUUAUCUACGUGAUGCUUUGCGGUUAUCCUCCAUUUUAUUCUAAGCACCACAGCCGCACCAUCCCUAAAGACAUGCGCAAGAAGAUCAUGACAGGAAGCUUUGACUUUCCUGAAGAUGAGUGGAGCCAGAUAUCCGAAAUGGCAAAGGACAUUGUCCGAAAGCUGCUGAAGGUAAAGCCUGAAGAAAGGCUAACCAUCGAGGGGGUCUUGGCUCACCCCUGGCUUAAUUGCACAGAGGCCUUGGACAAUGUGCUUCCUUCUGCUCAGAUGAUGAUGGACAAGGCAGUUGUCGCUGGGAUCCAGCAAGCCCAUGCAGAACAACUGGCCAACAUGAGAAUACAAGACCUUAACGUCAGCCUCAAGCCUCUCAGCUCUGUGAACAACCCCAUUCUGAGGAAGAGAAAGCUGCUAGGUACAAAGCCUAAUGAUGGCUUCUUCAUUAAUGACCCUGAAAAUGGAGCAGAAGACUCUAAUGUGGCUCUGGAAAAACUGCGGGAUGUGAUUGCACAGUGCAUCCUACCACAAGCUGGAGAAAAUGAGGACGAGAAGCUGAAUGAGGUGAUGUAUGAAGCGUGGCGUUUCAACAGAGACUGCAAGCUGCUCCGUGAUGGCCUGCAGGGACUGAGCUGGGAUGGUAGGGCUUUCUCUGAUAAAGUGGAUCGCUUGAAAUUGGCAGAGAUUGUGAAACAGGCUAUCGAAGAAAAGACAAACUUGGAAGACUCCCAAUAGAAAGUGGUGCAUUUCUAUUUUCUUUUGUACUGUUUAUUAUAAUUGUUCUUAAGCAAAUAACUGUAAAGUGUAAUUUUAUGUAAAUUGAAGCGCAUAUUUUCUCCCUUCUAUUGAUACGCUAGUAAGCCUGAUGUACAGCUGUAGAUAAUGGCAAGUUGUUGGUAUGAUUACUUUUUUCUACAGACAACAUUGAUGAAACAUUUCAAAAAGAUUAUUUUUGUUUUUGCAAGAAAAAAGUACCAACUGAGGCUGUAUGUAGACCUUUGUAAUUCAUUUCAGAGAUUUAUUUUUAUUUUUGUUUUAACAACGCUCCCAGUUCUAUUUAUAAGAAAAAGAAUGAUGUUUUACCACAAAGCUUAAAAAAGGCAAAUGAACAUAUGGAGGCUUCUUCAAAAUGCUUGAGGUGGGGGUCUGAACAGAAGUUUAAGAUGCAAUUAGAUAUAAUUUCAUAUGCUUUUCAUAUAAUUUCAUUUUAUGCCAUAUCAUAAAAUUCCACAAAUGUGAAAUAUAUCAUCAAAUAAUAAUCAUUCAUAUUCUGGUCCCUGAGAAGGUAUAGCAGUUAUUUAAAUUAGGAUACAAAAAAUAUUCAUGUCCUGUACAUCCUAAAAUCUUUUACCAAGUUAUGCCAUGCUGGCAUCAUUCUUUAUUCAUAUCAACUCAUUUUUGCUCAACUCCAGUAAUUACUCCUUUUAGUACAGCUCAUAAAAGGCUGUUCGGUGAAUUGUGACUUCAUAUUGCAGCUUUCCUCAGCUGGGCCUGUGAAAAGCAAAUAAAUGCUGUAUCUAUUUUGAUCUCUUAGCUGGACGUACAUUUGAAAUGCAUUACAUAAGCCGAUUUUCUAAUUUUUCUACAGCAUCAGGGACAUAAAUCUUAAUUGGUCGAAUGUUUGGCAAAAUCAAGCAUCUUAUCAUAACCUGAACUGUGUAACAUGUGACCUGUAUACUUAUAAUGUGUAUAACAUUUGUGUAGAGUCUUAAUAAUUUUACAGAAUUUUACAGAACUUUCUACAUUGACAGUGGCCUGUAUAACUGAUAAGAUUCAGUGAAAAGUUACUAAAAUAAUUCAAUGCAUCUGCUUUUAGUGUAUUUAUAUGAAAGCCAAAUCAUAUCAUUAAGAUUUUACUUUUUAAAGUUUAUCUGAACAUGCUUAAAUACAACUUUAAAAAGUAUGCAAAGAAAUAACUCAAGCAUUGUAUUAAUCAUCAGACACUGAUGCUUUGAGAAAGCAGUUUGAGUUGUUAUUAUCUAGGUAAUAUCACCUAAAUAUAUUGCAAGAAUUUAACGAGUAACCAGUCCCCAAAUAAUACUAAAGAUAAGAUUCAGCACUCUCUCGUCUUCACAGAUUUACAGAUUUUAUUUUUCUCUAUAAUUAACCUUCAUGUCAUAGAAUAUAUGUUAAGUCCUAACUUCAUUUUUAAAUACAUGCCUUCCUCCAGCUAUGAGCCACAAACCCAGUACAGUCUACCUUAACACUUUACAGUGCUAUUUAAUUUACAGUGUUCCUUAAAUUACAUUAAACAGUUCUGUAGAAUCAAAAUCUGUUGAGCUGAACCCAAAGACAUCACAUGCCAUGUGUAUCUGCUGAUUGCUCACUCAGAUAUGUAGCAAUGCACCUGGGAAGACUUACUAAAGAGGAGUUGAGUGAUCUGUAUGUAGAACAAAACUGCUGAGCCAUAAGUCAGGUGGCCUUACACCCAGCCCUUGCAACCACAACAAAGCAAAUCACAGAGCUAGAGGCCUUUUUUUUUUUUAAAGCAACUGCUAUGUUAAUAUGGCAAUAUUAUAUUCUCUCUGAAUUAGACCGAAAGGCCUUGUGUCUGUACUAGGUUUGCUACUACUAACAGGACCCUUGUGUUUCUAGUGCUUCCAGUUUUUAUUGUAUUAUAAUUCAUUUGAAUUCUUAUCUUUACCAUGUGGCACAUGAGCACUUAUUGUCAUUUCAUGAUGGAACAUGUAGAGCUGUACCUCAGACAGUAUUUUUUGUGAGGGGGUGAGGUUGUUCUGAACAUACUGAAAUAUUUGGAUUAAAGGAAUUACUUGGUAAAA